AUGGAAACCCAGAUCCAGCAGGCUGUGGAAAUAGCUCUAAGCGGCACCGCAGACCCGGCACUCAAGUCCCAAGCAUACGAAUUCAUCGAUAAAAUCAAAACUUCCGAAAAUGGUCUACAGUCUUGUGUGACCAUACUUCUUUCGUCUUCCUCGGUCACCUCAGAAGCACUUCGUUUUUUUGUACUCCAAGUGGUGGAGGAAAACAUCCCCAAGGUGUCCAAUGAGCGCCUAUACAGCAUCAACAACAGCUUGCUACAAUUCUUGCGAGAAAAUUACAUUGUCAACCAUCAAUCUUAUCCCAUCUAUCUUCGCAACAAACUCGCCAGUGUCAUGGCCACCCUUUUCUGCCAUGUUUACUUGACUAUUAAUCCCCAGUUCCUCGUCCAGCUCCUCGAGUACUCGUCGUCUCCCCCGGGAACAGACAUCUACGUCCGUAUCCAUCUUGCAAUCCACGCUGAAAUCGGUGACAAACUCAUCGCCCGAAGCCCCCAGCAGCAGGAACGUAAUAAUGCAUUAAAAGACUCCAUUCGUGCCAACGACAUGCAACGGUUGGUACAGCUGUGGCGGCUGAUUCUCGAGAACGCCGAAGCCCACACUUCCGACACUCUCACCAAUACUGUGAGGGUUGUAGGGUGCUACGUUUCUUGGAUGGAAAUUAGUCUUUUUGUUGUGCCAGAUUUCAUUGGCGUAAUCUUCUCGUAUCUCCGCAAACCAGACCAGCGCACGGCAGCGUGUGAAACCGUGGCGGAAAUCAUAUCCAAAAAAAUGAAGCCGGAGAAUAAACUCCAGCUUCUUGCCCUACUCAAUAUUACCGAUGUUGUAGGCUCGCUUGCACAAGAUAGCGACGACUUGGAGUUCACAGAAAGCGUGGCCAGGUUGGCUAACCAAGUGGGCCUCGAGCUUCUCAUAGUUUUUGAAGCCCAGAGCGAUUCUACGUCCGAAGUGAUGAACCAACUCAUGGGUCUCUGGCCGUCGGUUUUGGGGUUUUUGACUCACGAAUUCGACGACGUUGCUCAACUUGUCUUUCCGUACAUCCAGCAGUAUUUAUUAGCAUGCAAGAAGCAAAAGACCUUGAUCAAUAACGACCUCUUGAAAGAAUUGUUCGCCAAGUGCAUCAUCAAAAUGAAAUUCGAUGGGGACGACGACGGUUUAGACGACGACUCAGCGGCCCAAUUUGAGGAAAUUAGGGCCAAACUUAAGACAUUCCAGGACACCAUAGCCAUUCUAGUCCCUAACCUUUACCUUGAUUUGGUGCCUGCGGUGAUUUCAGAAUCACUUUUUUCCAACAAACCAGAUUGGCAAACUUCGGAACUCGGACUCUACCAGCUCAGUAACUUUGCCGAUGGUGUGCGCAACAACCUUGUUGGUGUUCCCAAGAAGGAAUUGACCACUCUGAAGGCGUUUGCAGUGCUCCGUGAAUUGUUCAUUCAGCUCAUCGACUCGUCGGUGGUUCUGUCUCUGGGCCAUCCGCGGGUCCAGCUUCUGUUCUUUGAGCUUGUGGUUCGGCACUACACUUUUGUCGCAUCUGGAACCAACCCUGACCCAAUUCUCAAGGUGUUUGGCUCGCUGGUGGGUAUGUUUAACGAGUCGGAGAAAGUGCGUCUUCGCAGCUGGUACUUGUUUUUCCGUUUCAUCAAACUAGUAAAGCCACAAAUGUCCAACCCGUCGUUUGUGGAGGAGAUUCUCCUCAAGCUCCAACCGUUGCUUGUGAUCAAAGCUGAACUUCCAGUGCGUGAUGAGGACGACGACGUGGUUGAUAAUGGAUCGUUUUCGAGCCAACUUUAUCUCUUUGAAGCUCUUGGUUUGCUCAUAGGACUCAUGUCUGUGGACGAUAGCACCAAGCUCAGAAUGGUAGAUGCCAUAUUUUCGUCACUUUUCAGCAGUUUAGAAUCAUGCGUAGCUGCUUCAGAAUCAGAAAGAAACUCACAGCCAAUCAUACCUUUGCAAGCACACCACGCAUUAAUGGCUAUUGGAACUUUUGUCAGAGGAUACGAUGACUCCAACGUGAAGUCAGGUCAGGUCAUGGUGGAUAAAGUUGACAAUGCUGCCCAAGUUGUGGUUAUCACAUUGAGUAAUUUUGCCAAACAUGAACAAGUUCGAGAGGCAUCUCGGUUUGCAUUCGCACGUUUUGUGCCUAUUCUUCGUGACAGAUGCACAGUACACUUGAGCAAGCUCAUUCUGCUAAUUAUCAACGCAAGCAACCUCACGGUUACAGAAUUGUCUGAUUUUCUUAGCUUUUUGGGCCAGCUUGUGCACACAUUCAAAGGUAACGCUAAUGUCUACCAGUUGCUCAACGACUUGCUUACACCAGUUGUUGAAAAAAUCUUCAGUCUACUCAAGUACAACGGCGAGAAUAACGACUUUGAUACCAUGCCAGAUGUCAUACGUGACAAGAACGGCUUGAAAAAGGCAUACAUGAACCUCCUUUCCGCCAUCAUAAUGAACAACUCGUCCAGCUUGCUCGUUACAGAAUCUAAUAAGGCCAAGCUUCCGGAAAUAUUAUCGUCUUUAUUCGAGUAUUCUUACGACUUGGCAGACACUACAGUUGCAAAGUUGGCGGUCACCCAACUCAUCAACUUUGUCACCGUCUUAGGUGGGUCUGGAGGCAAGAUAAACGAUCCUAAUGACACUUAUGGCGAAAGCUUGCCUGCUAUAGAAGGUGUUGAUGAAUACCUCAUAGAAAAAUCGAUGCACCUCUGUUUCGAAUUACCAUUUCAAAAAACAGAGUUUGACCUCAAAGAUGCCCAGUUUAGAUUAAUUGCCCAGGAAAUUUCCCAGUUGAUCAAGAUUUGCUACGACCGUAAGGGAGACACAUAUUUGCAAUACUUGUCUACAUACUUGACGACCAUGGGUAUGGCGCCGGAACUCAUGAACGAUUUUGGCUCCAGUGUUGUCAAGCUUGACAACCGGGCAUUCAAAAAGUACUUUAUCACAUUUGUGAGUCAGCUCAAGUCCGCAUAG